AUGUCCACCGGUUCCAUCAGCGAUGUGGAUGAAUUUCACGAGUCUGAGCUGCUGGAUGGUCUUUUGAAAUUCGGUUCCGGUAAAGACCCGGGGACAUCAAACGAGAGCACAGAGGACAGCUCCAACUGCGAAGGGGCUUCGGUUACAGAAUUUACCGCAACCACGGGAAAGCGGCGCAAAUCAGCAGCCAUGCGUAAAUCGGCACCGAACGGUGUGGCCCAAGAAUGCAAGCCGGGACAGAGGAACGCGGCGAACGCGCGCGAGAGGGCGAGGAUGCGAGUGUUGAGCAAAGCUUUCUCCCGGUUGAAGACAACUUUACCGUGGGUUCCACCGGACACCAAACUCUCCAAGCUGGACACGCUGCGGCUGGCCUCCAGUUACAUCGCGCACCUGCGACAGAUACUUGCCAAUGACAAAUACGAGAAUGGCUACAUCCAUCCUGUCAACUUGACUUGGCCAUUUAUGGUGGCGGGGAAACCAGAAAACGAGCUUAAAGAAAUUCUGACUUCUACACGUUUAUGUGGGACUACAGCUUCUUGAGGAACAAACUGGACUUUAAACAUGGACCUAUUUUAAGUGUUUUUAUCAAAACUAAAUAGCCACAUCAUCUCCUAUCUAAACACACGAGUGGGAAUAACUGGGGACCAAAUCC